UAAAUUGAAAAAUUAAACCGUUCUUCUAAGACAGAAUUUGUGAUACCUUUAGUAUCUUGCCGUUUGUUGAAUACAUUGUGCUAUUUAAAAGAUUUUUUAAAAUUUUAUCAAACUUAGAUGGGGUCUAUAAAAGAAUAUUUAAACCAAAUAAAAUAUAUUUCAAAUAAAAGUACCAACAAAUUUAUCUUUUUGCUUUUUUAUAUGUGUAAGCAAGAUAAAUAAAAUAUUUUUUAGAAGAAAGAAAGUUUCAGAUUUAUGGCAAGAUGUCCGAAACAUUGUUACCAAAUGUUCUAGUUGACAUCAAAACAUAUAGGAAAAGAUGGUUAAUACUGUUUAUAUAUGUGCUGUAUUCAGCAGUAAAUUCCUUUCAAUGGAUGGAAUAUUGCAUCAUUGAAAACGUUGUAAUGGAUUAUUAUAAAGUCAGCAGCAUAGCUGUAGAUUGGACUUCUAUAAUAUAUAUGGCCUUUUACCCUGUGUUGGUGGUACCAGUUUCUUUUAUUGUAGAUAGAUACGUAAGUAUUUUAUUCCUAAAAUGUAUAUAUUUUGUACCAUUUUUUAAGGGUUUGCGAGUGGCCGCUUUAAUAGGCGGCUUGGGCACGACUUUAGGUGUUGCCAUUAAAGUGUUUUCAAUUAAUCCGUCUUUAUUUUCCGUUGUACUAGUUGGACAAGCAAUAGGUUCAGUUGCACAAGUCUUUGUUUUAUGUUUACCAUCAAAAAUUGCAGCCGUUUGGUUUCCACCAAAUGAGAUCUCUACAUCAUGCUCUUUGGGAAUAUUUGGUACCCAAUUAGGUUUUGCUUUGGGAUUCAUUGUACCAUCAGCUUUGGUAAAAAUGCACUCCGAUUCUGAUGAAAUUGGAUCUGGAUUAAAGAUUCUUUGUUGGGGAUUGACUAUAUUUAUGAUGCCAGUGUCGUUUGCAAUAUUGCAUUGGUUUCAAAAAGAACCAAAAUUACCUCCGAGCACAAUUCAAUUUGAGGAGAGAAAGAAGUCCGCGAAGAAAUUUAAAGAAUUUUUAAGUUCUUUUAGGAAUUUAUUAACUGACCGAGGGUUCUUACUUCAUAUGACAGCUUAUGGAAUUAAUGUGGCAGUAUUUUCGAGUUUAGGGACGUUUUUGAAUCAAUUUGUUUUAUAUUAUCUACCUGAAGCAGAAAGCCAGAUAGGCUGUAUGGGUUUUACUAUGGUAGUAGUUGGUAUGGUGGGAUCUAUAGUUUUUGGGUUUAUAUUGGACAAAACACGUAAAUAUAAGGAAUCAACCUUAAUUAUCUAUGUUUCCUGCGCCAUAAGUGUAAUCGCAUUUCUUUUUGCCUUAGAAAAAAGAAGUCAAUUUCUAGUUUAUGUAUCACUUGCUCUUUUGGGAUUUUUUACAAAUGCGUAUAUGCCUGUGGGUUUCGAAUUCGCAGUCGAAAUGACUUAUCCGUUGGAUGAAGGCACUACCACGGGAAUGCUGAAUGCGAUGACUCAAGGAUUGGGUGUUUUCACGACCAUUAUAUUGGGUGAACUGAAUACGAGAUUUGGAUAUUUUGUAGCAAUAUUGUGUCAAGCGGGACUGAUGUUCUUGGGAUCUCUUAUUACCAUUUUUAUUCCUAACAAUUUAAAGAGGCAAAAAGCUCUUAUUCGCAAUGAAGCACUUUUAAAUUAAAUGUAUUAUAUUUGUAUUUAUAUUGUUAGAUAUAUCAACUGUAAAAAUUCAGUUAUUCAAAACAUUAAAAAAUUACAUACCAA